AUUCUUCAGCAGACAUUCAUACAGCUAAAACGAUUAAGAUUGUCCCUACUCGCGACCUGUAGGAAGUGCGAUUUGUUUACGGAAUCAAGAGGAAUUGCGACAGCUCAACGAUUUGUAACAUUAAACUAAAUCGAAGCAACCAAAUUACUUUUAUUUCCAAACAUAAACUAAAUGCUUAUAAAACACGAUAGUUUUAAGUUUCCGACAAUAGCUUAUGGCAUAGUGGUUGGAUUCUGUAACGUUAACUAAGGUUGCAAGCUAGUUAGCUUACGUUAACAUUACAAGCGACCCAUUGUUCUUUAACAUUAAGUUUGGUGUAAUGGAAAGUAACCACACGGUAAAUUUGGACCACCUCAUGUGCGUCUACAACGCUGUCAACACUGAAAACCGAAUUUAGGAAACUGGCAUGUCCAAUUAAAAAAAUCGACCUUAGCUGUACCCGACAAAUGCUACUCUACUACAAGUGCAAGUUGAAAGUUGCCUUCUGUCUUUAGUUUACUGAAAAUAGUUUCCAGAGUUAUCGCACACCGUUGUCAUAAUGGCCGAGGCAAUAGUAACGUUUCAAUCUCAACUUUCUGGUGUCAUGGAAACGGUGUUCAAAGCUGCCAUGUAUGAGAUCACCCGGCUGGUGGAAGACAGCUUUUUGGAAGAGGUGACGCGGUGCAGGGAGCAGGUCGAGUCCCUGAAGAGGCGCCUGAAGUGGUCCGAGAGUAGACGUAAAGACAGAGAGGGAGACAGGAGAGGAAGAUGUAUCGACUGCGGAAGAGUCGGGUUGUCCAGUGAGGACCCAGAGAGGACAGAAAAGAGUCUGAAACAGGAGAGUCUGUUGCAAGAAGAAAUAAAUAGCUCCCAGGACACUGAUGGUGAGACACCUAGUCAUGAAGCAGAAGAGGCCCCCAUUGCCAUGAAGGCACCACAGUCUCCCGGUGUGCAGGGUGAAAAGCUGGAUCGACUACUCAAGGAAGAAGCCCUUCACAUCACGCCAGAGUCCCAAGAGAGAUGGGAGGUCAAUUUGGAGGAAACAGAGGCGUCAGGUCUGCCAGGCCCCAGUAAACGGUACAGUGACCAGAAGAUCCCAAAGAGCCAUGUAAACUGGGAAGCUGGCUUUCACCAGAGGCCAGAAUCAGGCCAAGAUGGACACUCAGGUGACCCACCUGAACCACUUUACCAGAGUAGAUAUGGAAUGGAAAUGCUGGGUGGUUUCGACAAGACUGGCUAUGGAGACAGCAGUAUGAUAGAUAUGGGUAACUUGGAUGGGUUACAAGGAUCACCAUCUAAUCUGGGUGAGGAUCUGAGUUACAUGGGGCACUAUGAAGGGGACAUGGAAGCACCAGAAGGAGCUGAGCAUGAAGUUUACCAAGCAGGUGCUCCACGCAAUAGAAUGGGCACGGUCAGUUCACCUGCAGGCUCACCUUCAAAGGCUAACAUUGAUGUAAGUGGAGAGUUCAGCUGUUUGUUGAUCAAUGAAGAAGGAUAUCUACAGGACCCAGGUAUCUUGUACCCUGAACAUGUGUCUGGUGAAUCAGGGGGCAGGUUGAGCCUCCGGGGCCAGGGCAUCCGCAAUGAUCCAUCUUUAGAUGGCACAGCAGACAUAUAUGGGCCAUCAGAUGCGUACAAUGAUACCUUAAACUUGGGUGACAGGUUGCAGCAUCAGGCAGCAGCAACACGAGGGAGGAGACACACCUGUAACCAGUGCUCCAUGUCCUUCCCAGAUUCUGCCUCAUUAACAGCCCAUAAGCAGACACAUAAAGGCACUGGACAGGGGCCACCAUACUCCUGCACCCAAUGUGGAAAGACCUUCGCUCAAGCCUGUAAUCUUAAAGUCCACCAGAGGAUUCACCUGGGGCAAGGACUCCACCUUUGCAGUCAUUGUGGUAAAGGCUUCCCUUCUUUCUCUGACCUAAAGACACACAAGUGUGGCCAAACAGGUGACAAACCUUACUGCUGCACUGUAUGUGGGAACAAGUUCAGCCGUCUCUGGAAUCUGAAGUUGCACCGGAGAAUUCACACACAGGAGAAACCUCAUCGUUGUACCAUGUGUGAUAAGAGCUUCACACGGGCGGACAUAUUGAAGGUUCACCAGCGUACUCAUACAGGGGAACGACCGUACUGCUGUACUGUCUGUGGCCUCAGCUUCAAACGCUUGGAUCAUCUGAAGUCACAUCAACGCAAACACACGACAGAUCUAGCGGAGUCCUUUUCCUUACUUUUAUUUUCCUCGCAACCGCACAGAAUUUCGUGGUGUAAAAUUUGUUCGACAGGGGUUAUUAUGUCGGACCUGGACACCCUCAUUGUCACUUUCCAGACCCAGCUGUCGGAUGUGAUGGAGACUGUAGUGAAGACAGCCAUGUAUGAGGUCACCAGAUUGGUGGAGGAUGGCUUCUUGCAGGAGGUAAAGCGCAGAAACCAAGAGCUGGAGUCCUUGAGGAUUCAGCUGCAGUGGGCUGAGAGGAAAUUAAGUGACCAAGAGGGGAAAGAUGGAGGGAAAGCUGGGAAGUGUAUUGACUGUACCAAGGAUGAUGUGGAACUGUUCUGUGACACCUCAAAACAAAGGCCAAAAGAACAGCAGGAUGACAUUUUGAGGGACUGUGAAGUGAAAAAAGAGGGCGAAUCUGCAGAAAUGUGGACAAGAAGCCAAGAGGAAGUCACGCCAGAGACAGGUCAGACAGCAGUUGAUGCAGCCACUCACAGCCCUGAAUCACAGGCAACAGAAGAAGAUGUGUUGCCAGCAGUGGAUGUCAAGGAAGAACAAGUGAAUAAGCCGUCUUGUUCUUCUGUACAUUUGGGAGGGUGGAGUGGUACUCUUGAUGGUGAAGCAGGAGCUGAAUCCUACAGUACUAAUGAGAUGACUGAGACACAACCAAAACAUACUCAAGAGAACAGUGAGGAGUUAUUGAGGAACAUCAUCAAGCAAGACCCCCAGAUCUCUACUGAUUAUGUCCUCCCUGAAGAUCAGAAGGAAACACACAUGGCUACAGAUCCAUCUUUAGAGAGGGACAGUGGUUGGGCAGGCCUGACUGUUGCAACAGCUGGAUUGCUACAGAAUGACAGUCUUGCAGCAGACUGUGAUCCAGUCAAAACUAGAGGUUCUUUACAGCAAGUGGAACACAAGCUGACCAACUCUGUCACAACAGAUUCUAGUGUUCUGGUUGCUCCAGGUAGAGAUCAGAUCUCAGCCUCAGCAUCCCCUUCAGCAAGUCUGCAAAACAGUGAUACGCUGGGUGUGACCAUCAAACAGGAGGUUAUUGUUGAUUCUGACGGGUGUGUGGAAAGCAAACCUGAGGAAAAAAAGAUCAAAAAGUCUGGGAUGGCAUCCUUCUCAGUAAAACAACACAUUUCCCAUAAAGCUACUGUACAGGAGGUUAUGAAGCUGCAUUCCAAAGUGGGUACAGGCCUCAGAUUGCAAGCUGCUAUACAGCAUCUCCACAGACCAAUGAGAAAGCCUACCCACGGACUCUCGAACACCAACACAACAGCUCUGUCUGUAGCUCACUCUCAGGUUGUGAACUUAAAUAUCCUCAACAGAAUUCCCUCCACAUCCAAAGCCGCUCCUCCUCCACUUUCUGUCCAGCGAGGCCAUCUCGGUGACAAACCAGCACAUAGCCGAAGUGGUGUCCCAUGGAUCAGCAUCAAAACCCAACUUCAGUCUGCAAACUCCCAUCAGACCAACCCCUUACCCCAUCCAGACUCUCAUCCUCACGCCAGUCCCAGGCACCUCCUGCGCUGCACCCAGUGUGGGAAGUGCUUCCCCCACCCCAGCAACCUGAAGGCCCACUUGCAGACACAUACAGGUGAACGGCCUUUCUGCUGCUCUCUCUGUGGUCGCAGCUUCACCAAGCUGAGCAACCUCAAGGCCCACCGACGGGUCCACACUGGAGAGAGACCGUACUGCUGCUUGGCUUGUGGGAAAUGUUUCACCCAGAAAUGUAACCUGAAACGCCACCAGAGGAUUCAUCUGGAUGUAUGAUGAUGGACAGCCAGAGAGAAAACAACAAAUUUGGUGCGUUUGUAUCUUUUAAAAUAAGAUGCUCUGUACAGUUGCAGUAAUGCACUGCAAAAACGCUUCUUGUGUGUGCGUCCCUUGAAGUAAUUAUCCGAAGUUCCUUUGUGCAUUUCAGAAAUGAUAUUCUAGUGGCAUACCAAGGUGACGUAAUAAGCGUAUCUUGUAAAAUGUGUCACCCACAGAGAAAAGUUAAUUGCCAUUUUGAUCAAUAAAUAACAAUUGUGUGAAUAUACAAAAAGCACGUACUGUGUAUUUGCCCAUAGAUCAGGGUUGGUAUUGUGAUGUGGAAGAUAAAAGUAAUUCACAUACUGAAGUCUGAAACUGAUUUACCAAGCUACCUUUGGCUUUACUGUUAUUGAAUUUAGAAGUGCUCCAGAGGUCUUUUAAGUUUGUUCAGUAGUAGAUCUGUGAUGGCUGCGGUACAGAACCAGGUGAACACACACCUAAUAGGUGCUCAUCUUUGGUUAUGACUUACAAUGUGUUACUGGAAGAUUCAUAAUUUAGAAGUAUAGUUAUUGUAGUUUAACCUAUAUUUCGAGCAUGUCAUAGGACACCAUUUUUUGUUUGUAUCUCCACCAAUUUCAUAUUUUUCCCUAUUUAUGUAUCUAUAUAUUAUAAAUAUAUUGACUGUUGUUACUUUGACUUGUGAACUGCUGCUAUUUUAUUAAAAAAAAGUCACUUUUAAAAAACA